AUGGUGCGAACGCGGACCAAAGAGUCUGAGGACGAGCAGGAAGACUUGAGGAUAGCGUCGUCCAAAAACCCCACAACCCUCUUGGAGCUCGACUUGGACGGGAACAUCCGAUACCUCGGGAAGACGUGGGAGUGUGUCGUGGGCACCAAGGUGAAGCCGUUCGUAGGCCAGCACAUCUCCGAGUUGAUCGUCGGAGAAACCUCCGAUAAGCAGAUCUUCAACCAGGCGAUCGAUAUCAUGACCAAGGACGACACCAGCUACCGGGUGAAAUUUGUCACCCGCACAGAGCGCGUCUCAGAUAUAAGGGUAGCGUCUGAUGAUGAGUCGCGGGAAGAGUCCCCUAAUGCCACGCUAGACGCCAGUCCUCGGAACAUGGCACUAGACAGCGGAGACGACAAUAGCAUUGCUUCGAGUGUGGAGGAAGAAUUCAUCGAAAUGGAGGGCCAGGGGGUGUUGAUCCACGAUCCAAAGACGCAGGUGCCGACGCACCUGAUGUGGCUUCUCAAGCCGUUCGUCCCGACCAAUGUGGAGCUUGAGCUUCCGUACGAGCUCACCGACUAUCUCGGUUUCGGCGCCGAUAUCUUUGCGGCAUACCUUCUUAACCUCAACGAACUCGGCGUCAUCGACGAAAACAACGUCCCGCCGCCGAAACAGGUUCUCUGCCGCAUCUGUGAGCAGCACGUGCCCGCGUGGUUCAUCGAGCGGCACAGCGAGUUGUGUUUUGUCGAGCACAAGGCCCAGGACAAUGUCCAGCAGGCCCACGACCAGUUGGUAGAACACCGGAACUUGAUCCUAGUGAUCUCAGACAGCAUCAACCGCAGAAACUCCCGCGCCAGCUCCAACCCCAGCGGCAGCAGCGGCAGCACGCCCCUCUCAAGUUCUCCUCUCCCAUCGCCGAAGCUCCCCCUUGCCUUCCUGGAUGUAUCCCCCACCGCGGCCCUAGUCCACGACUACAAAGGCAUCCCCUUGCCGUCUCCCUCCUCCACCGAUGCGUCGUCCGGGGCUGCUGCGAACCUCUUAUUGCUCAAGCGCCACAGCGUUCAGUACAAACGGUACCCUUUGAAGCUGUUGGGGAUUUUGGUCGAGCUCUGCGACGAGGCCUUGAGCAUCAAUCCCGGCGAGUUGGAACCUGAAACCAUGGAGGUGGCGUACUCCCCGGGCUCCGAAAAGGCAAUUAAGCACGCGCAGAACUGGAAACGGUUGGACUCCAGUGACCCCGCGAUCAACAUUCUCAUCGAGGACACCGAGGCGUUGGUUCAGACCAAGGUGGACUUUAUUUUGCGGUACGCCGCGUCUCUCCAAUACUCGGAAAAGAUCAAGCGCGAGACCGACAAGUUGGUUUUGCAAACAGUUGCCGACACGGUGGAAAAGAUCCGGGACUCUACGUAUCUGACAUCACCCCACAAUUACACCACCCCGAUGGCCCAGCCCAUAACUACCGCCCUCCCGGACACCGAAGCCGUUCGCAUGGUUCAUUCGCCGCAGCCGAAGAAGCUUAAUCGCUCGGACCCGAAAGAACAGUCGAAGCGGUCCGUCACCCCCACCGACGUUUUGCUCCGCGGGAGACCGUCGCGCUCCUCCAGAAGCACCUCCAGCGACCUACUCGACCUGGAGCGCGCCAAGUCGCGCAGCUCCUACUCCCCCAGACGGCACCUCUCGCCCAUCCCCAACUACGUCUCCAAUUCCCCGAUGACGUCGGUCCAGCGAAUUUCCAGAGGCGGCAGCCACGGCGAGACACCAAACGAUUCGCCGGCGCUCUCAGCCUUAGAGGUUCUGUUCCAUUCAGGCGAAACCCGUCACAACUCGGGCGAGGUCCCCCAGCUCCACCUUCCGCCCGGUGUGGUUAGUGAUGCCAAGGCCAGGCCACCUCUUUCGCCGCUCCUCGUUUCCACCACCCCGAGUGUGCGGAUCACCACCCCGUCGAUUAGAGACUAUGAGAUCGUGAAGCCCAUCAGCAAGGGCGCGUUUGGAUCGGUUUUCCUCGCGAAAAGACGGCUCACGGGCGAUUUCUACGCCAUCAAGGUGCUCAAAAAGUCCGACAUGAUUGCCAAGAACCAGGUCAUGAACAUCAAGUCCGAGCGUGCCAUUAUGAUGGCCCAAUCUGACUCACCCUACGUGGCAAAGUUGUACGCCACCUUCCAGAGCAACAAGUACCUUUUCUUGGUGAUGGAGUACAUGAACGGUGGCGACUGUGCAGCGUUGCUCAAGGCGAUGGUGGCGUUGCCGAACGAGUGGGCAAAAAAGUACGUGGCGGAAAUGAUUGUCGUGGUGACUGACCUCCACGAUAAGGGCAUCAUCCACCGUGAUUUGAAGCCAGACAACUUCUUGAUCGACAGCAAGGGUCACUUGAAGUUGACCGACUUUGGGUUGUCAAAAAUGGGGAUUGUGCGCAGACAGGACCCCAGGCGGAGGAACAGCGCCAUGGAACCGCCUAUCGACUUGUUCAGCGGGCUUUCGAUGAGCGAGAGCGCUCCGAAGGGUAUGGCGUUGUCGCUCUCUCCGGCGGUGGAAAAGAUUGCGUAUGAUAAAGCAAGCGCCAGUUCUCCCACCACCACCUUUUUGGACCAGUACAUGAAACAGGACAGGGCCAGCUCCGCGGGAAAGCGUUCCUGUUCCGGCUCGAGCGCCGCGGACGUGCCUACAAUGAGACCCGUCAUGUCCGCGUCUGUCGCCUCGCAGAGCUCUUUUGCGGUGGAGGACGAGCAGAGUGCCGAUGAUACCAACCCCUACGCGUUGUUUGACCCCCAGGACACCGCGUCGAACAAGAAGUUUGUGGGGACGCCCGAUUACCUUGCCCCCGAGACCAUCACCGGCGCCACCCAAAGCGCCGCCUCCGACUGGUGGUCUAUUGGAUGCAUUCUCUUUGAGUUUUUGUUCGGCUAUCCUCCGUUCCAUGCGGAAAGCGCCGAAAAGGUGUUUGAGCAGAUCUUGUCUGGGAAGAUCGAGUGGCCGGAGGACGAGGUUGUGGGAGAAGUGUGUGCGCCCGCUGCCAAGGAUCUCAUUCUCAAGCUCUUGGUGCUCGAUCCGGAGCAGCGCUUGGGGAGCGAUAACAGCGAUAACAUCAAGCGGCACCCGUAUUUUGAUAAUACCAACUGGAACGAGUUGUGGGACGAGGACCGUGACUUUGUGCCGGCGUUAGACGGCCCGGAAAGCACCGAUUAUUUUGACUCCAGAGGCGCGGAGGCGUCGGUUUUCCCCACAGAAGGGUCCGAUGAAGAAGAGUUUGCACUCCCAGAAAAUAGCAACGCCAUCCACACCACUGCCUUGGGCUCUCCGAUGAUGCGCAACUUGGCGCUGAACGUCUCCACCCCCCCUACGCCGGCGUCCCGUGAAAGACGAGGCAGUCGAUUGAACGAUAACUUUGGCGAGUUCGGCUCGUUCCAGUUCCGAAACUACACCGCGCUAGACAAGGCUAACAAGGAUGUUAUCAACCGGUUGAAGACGGAGCACAUGGAGCACCGCCAGAGUCUCUCGAGCGCUUCCUCCGACUCUCUCCAGCGGUCUCGCUCUAGGGGCUACUCCUUCACCUCGUCUCCGGUGACUGCGAAACCACCAAUGUCCCCUAAUAUACACCACCAGAGAGUGAGCUCCAUUGCGAGCACUUUCUCGUCUGGCGAUGAAAACCUCUACUAUGGUGAGGCUACCUUUGCCAAACCCCUCCUUCCAUCCUUGACCGCCACCUCUUCUGCCUCCUCCAGUUCGCCCAAGCCCAUCUCGGCGCUCCCGAAAACGAUCCACCAGAGAUCGUUUGGCGGAGACCUGUCCCCGUCCACGUCCGAAAGCGAGAUGGAGUUCCGUUCGUCUGCGUUGAUGCGGAUUAAGCAGAGGAGAGAAAGCUCCCGUAGAAAGGAAUCUUCCUUUUCGUCCAUGUCCGGAGAGGUGGUGAGACCCAUGUUCCACAAACUUGACGUGGUGCUCUGUGAGCCCAACACGGCGAGUCGUCUGGCGGCGGAGAAAUUGUUGCACAAGCUUGGUUGCAAUGCGAUCGUGGUGGCGACAGGUGAUUCGUUGGCGAGAAAAGUCACGGGCGAGGUAAAGUUUGACUUGAUUUUCACCUCGUUCAAGCUUCCCAACUUGGAUACCAGCGUGGAUCUCGCAAAGUUGAUCCGUCACACCGCUAGUAUCAAUUCGGGGACGCCGCUUGUGUGCGUUACAAGGUAUACGACCGAGGCGGCCGAAUCCAGUGCUUUUGACCUUGUUAUCGAGCAGCCAUUGACCGAGAAGUUGGUGACCAAUACUUUGAUGCGGUUCUGCAACUGGUGUCCAGUGGUGUCAGACUACGAAGAGGCUAUUUCUGAUAGUGACGGUUCCUGUACCCCACCCGUGUUCAAUCGAGAGGGCUGAGAGGAGUUGCUUGUGGUUUAGCCGUGUUUUUCGAUCAUUUGUGUUUCUAGUUUCUACCGGAUGUCUUAAAGGUACCUAAUCCAAGUUUAUUUGUCUCGUACAAUCUAUUUAAUUCAUGGUCUUAGGUAUCCCAUAAUUUCAGUUUAGGGUGCUGAAGGUGCCAGCAAAAAGCCAAUCUCUAAAGUGGAUUUACGUAACCGCGCCAUAUCAGCGUGCCUCUUUUAGAUCUCAGAGCAAUAACUUCCGAGAAUAAAUCCUGAAUCUGCA